UAAAGAUUCCAUUAGUGUACACACAUCUCAACAUUCCAUUAAACAAAGAAUUAUUACAGCUAUUAGGUGGUUAUGCAUCUCUAUAAAUAGCUCUUUACCCCAUCAUUUCUUCUCAUCACACCUUCUUUUGCCAUCCUAUUCUUACUCUCAUCCUUAAUUUUUAACUCCCAGUUAAUUAAGCACUUCAAAUGGCUGCUAGUGCUCAGGUUGAAUCAAUUCCCACAAUAGGAACAGAGAAUGUUCCAGUUGAUGUUGAGGUGAACACAACCAGUGAGGCUCCAAGGGAAGAAGAUGUGGCCCCACUUAUUGAAUUAGAAACUCCCCAAGAUGAUCAAGAAGAGGCUGAAGAUAGCAAAGAAGUGGUGGAUUCUGAAGCUGAAGAAACAGAAUCAACUGAUACUGAUGAAGCAAACUCAGAAGAAACGGUUGCCGAGGAAGAAGAAAGUCAUGCUGAUGAGACGGUGGUGGAAGAGGAAACCGUGGUGGCUCCGACUGCUACUGCUUAGGUUGUGGUGGCCGGAAUCUGUUGGCACAGAAGUUGCAGGCUAAAGGGUAUUUAGAUUCAAAGAUUGGGAUAAUGGAUUUCUAAUACUCAGGGCCGUUUUUUAGGGGGUUCAAUAGGUUAUCCGGAACAGGGCCCCCGAAUUUAUGGGGCCCCAAAAUUUUAAAUUUCUUUUAGUAUUAUAGAGUACGGAGUAAUAUUAUAUACUCCCUCCGUCCCAAAAUUAACUUCUCACUUUCCUUUUCGGGCAGUCCCGGAAUUAACUUCACACUUCAAAACUUUCCUUAUUUGGAAAAUAAUCUACAUCAAAAAAGUAUCAAACACUGCCAAAUAAUGUCCAAACAGUGUUUAAACAGUGCAAAACAGUGCACUCCACAGUAAAGUCAAAUUUAUUUUCUUAAUCUGUGUGAAGUCAAACUGUGAACUUAAUUACGGGACGGAUGGAGUAUUAAUAUUAAUCAGUACAAUACAAUUAGUAAGGAAGAAAAAUAUAGAUGCAUGUUUUUUUCGUUGGUCCUUUUACUCUUUUUAGUUCUUUUUAAUGAGUAUUCAAUUGAUUUGAGUAUAAGUAUUUGGAUUGAUAUUUUUUUUUAAAAAAAAUAUUAAUUUGGGGCCUCGAUUUUACAUUUAGAACCGGGGCCUCCAAAUUCAUUAGACGGCCCUGCUAAUACUAAAUCUAAUACUGUUAUAGCUAUUAUUGAAGUUACUACUACUCUCAUCAUCAUCAUCAUCAUCAUUAUUAUUAUUAUUAUUAAAGACUAUGUUUAAUUUGUAUUUGUAAUGUGUUUUCUGAUGUUUGAUCAUUGAUGAUAG